GCUGCCACAUAGUGUUUAUAAAACAGAAGAUAAGAUUACGUUUUCUUUUGCUGAAUAUGGAAACUUCAUUAGAACAGAGGAAAAUUUGUUUGCCACGUGUGGUUGAACUUCCCAUAAAGAGAAAACACCAAGAUUUACCAGACUACUACAUUCAAAGCUCUACGAAUCAGACAACUCUUGAAGCACCAAGGUUACCAAGUAAACUAGACAUAGAUACAAAUCUUUGGCCAACUUCCAAUAUCAGGACACUUAUCUUCUCCCAACGCAGAAGCCUGAUAACCAAGACAGUUAGUAUAUCAAUGUCUGUUUUGUUAGUUAGCUAAAUGUCCAAACUGUGUAUUCCUUUAGUUACAAGUUGUUGUAACAGUUUGUUAUUCUUUUCCUUAAUCUUGUAACUCUGCUUAGCCGAUUUGAGAGCUGCCAACAUGCCCUUAGGUUAAGCUUCAAAAGGAAAGGAAGCCAAAAAUCAUCCAAAAUUGGAGAGUACAUACCACGUUGAUGGCCGACUAUGCCGAAACUCCAAUGAUAGUCAACGCCGUCGACGGUGCUGUUGACUACAAAGGCCGUCCGGCUUCGAGAUCCGACUUCGGUAGGUGGAGAUCAGCGACUUUUAUUAUAGGUGUGGAGGUUUCUGAGAGAUUCGCUUACUAUGGCAUCAGUUCGAAUCUUGUAACCUAUCUGACUGGGCCGCUCGGACAGUCAACGGCGGCCGCUGCGGUCAACGUUAAUGCUUGGGCCGGAACGGCGAUGUUGCUGCCUCUGUUGGGAGCUCUGGUUGCGGAUUCUUUUUUGGGGCGCUACCGCACCAUUGCUAUGGCUUCUCUGCUUUAUAUUUUGGGACUAGGAUUGUUAACUCUGUCAGCUAUGGUGCCUUCUUUGAGUGGUUAUGACUGCGAAACCAACACCAACUCGUCCUGUUCUUCUACUCAGCUACAAGUAGUACUGUUCUUCCUCUCUUUGUAUCUAGUUUCAUUUGCUCAAGUUGGAUUCAAGCCAUGCGCUCAGGCUUUUGGAGCUGAUCAGUUCGAUAGUCAAGAUCCAGUGGAAUGCAAAGCCAAGAGCUCAUUCUUCAAUUGGUGGAACUUUGGUAGUGCUGUGGGUUCUACAGUAGCAAUGUUCAUCGUCACCUACAUACAAGACAACCUUAAUUGGGCUCUUGGAUUUGGUACUCCUUGUAUUGUGAUGGUCAUUGCAUUGGUUGUUUUCCUGCUUGGAACUACAACUUAUAGGUAUAGCAUUGUACAAAACGAGAAAAGUGCUUUUGUGAGGAUUGGUAGUGUGUUUGUUGCAACAUUUAGGAACCGGCAAAGAACUCCACCAAGUUCCACAUUGCCAAGCGAAGUUGAAGCUGACCACGGUUCUGAACAAUUCAAAUUCCUCAGCAGAGCCUUUCUUGCUCCAAAUCACCAUUUGCAGGAAGACAAUAGUGCUUGUUGCAUAGCUGAUGUUGAAGAAGCAAAUGCUGUACUUAGGCUUUUUCCAAUAUGGGGAACUUGCUUAAUAAAUGGCAUGGUGAUUGCACAAUCCUCAACUUUCUUUACAAAACAAGGGGCUACCAUGGGCAGAACCAUUGGCUCAGACAUUCAAAUACCAGCUGCAUCACUUCAGUGCUUCAUAGGCAUUACCACUAUUGUUAUCAUCCCCAUUUAUGAUUUCAUUUUUGUUUCAAUUGCUAGAGCUUUCACCAGAAAACCAUCUGGUAUCACAAUGCUUCAAAGAAUAGGAAUUGGAACUUCAUUUUUUGCACUCUCGAUGGUCGUUGCAGCUCUCAUCGAAAAGAAAAGGCUAAAAAUCGCUAAAGAAUACAACUUAGUUGAUAGGUGUUAUACCCAGAUUUCGAGCCAUGUUAAUUAUGACCUCGAAAGUUGGAUUCGCAAAUAAGUGGACUCAUAAGGUUGGAAGCAAGCUCCAGGAUCAUAUGCCGAGCUUGCAGGAUAUGGACGAUCUCGAGUAUGGUGACCUCGAAGAGUUCAUGAUCUCGAAAGAUAGCUCCAGGAACACAUUCAUCUUCGGAGACAACUUCGGAUCAGGGUUCCCGAACUCGACGCGCAUACGAUCUCAAACAGGUUGAGUGACCUCGGAAGAUGUCUCCAACUCGAAAGGUGACAGGAAACCUGGGAGACUAAAGCCUUGGAGAUACGCAAUAAUCACUUUGAAUAUUUACAAGUAUUAUAAAUAUGAGAUAUAAUCCUCAUUUAUUAAUGUAAAUUCCCUAGAAUCGUGGGAUAUUAUUUGAUCAGUUAUGCGUUUCCUGGUCUUCAGGGACGUUUCCUUUUA